GUAGCUCGCAGCUAGCAAUGCUGCUGUGUAGGCAUCUUGAAAUUCAACGUGCAGCAUUCGGGCGACCGUGUGCCUGCCCGCUCGCGAGGGCGUGACCGUCGCUUUGGCGUGACAGGCGCCGGAGCCUCAGCUUGAGUGGAGAAGAAUGCCGCUGCCUGUCAUUCCAAGCGUUGGCGUGCAGCUCGAGGAUCUCCGCAGCUUCCCGCAGUAUGCGGCCGACGCUGGCACCAGCCACGCUGCCGGAGCCGGGCCCCCCUCCGAUGGUCAGCACGGCCCUGCUGCGGCCAGCGUCGCCGCGAACAUCGGCGACAGCACAUCCUUCGACACAGACACCGGCUCAUAUGCCGGGACCGGUGGCGGCGUGGCCGCGGGCGUCAAGGGGGGAGCUUUUGCAGCCCACCCUGCCAAGCACCUGAAUCCCCUGCAAGUGGCUUUCGCUCGGCAGCACCAGCCGCGGGGGCUGUGGGCGCGGCUCAAGGAGGCCUGCAUACCGCCGCGGCCUGUGGUGGCAGCCGCGGCCGCGCCCGACGGCGAGGCGAGCAUGUACGUGCCACCCAGCGCUGCCGACGUGGCUCGGCACUGGGCCGCUACCGCCUGGACGGGGCUCAAGUCGGCGAGGCGCUGGGCGUUUGACGCACCCGCCAAAUCACUGUCAGGGCACGGCGUGCUGUACAGCCUGGUGUCGCGGCAGCUGCCCGUGGACCUGCCCGCCUACGAGGCGUACGGCCAGGAGCUGCUGGACCGGGAGGCGGAGGGGCGCGCGGCGCCGCGGCGCUCCGUGUUCCUGCUGCCCAUGCUGCACCCGCACUGCGGCGCGGCUCUGGGCUGGGCGGGCGCCAUGCUGUGCUUUGACCUGGUGUACACGGCGUUCUGGGUGCCCGUCAACACCGCCUUCUGCCUGGCGCAGUACGGCGACCUGGACGCCAGCUGCACGCAGGUGGACCUGGCGGGAGGCGUCAUCUACAUUCUCAACCUGCUGCUGGGCUUCCAGGUGGGCCUGACGCUGGCCGCCGGCUACCGCAGCCGCGUGGUGACGGACGGCCGCGACACGGCGGCGCUGUACGUGCGCACCUGGACCUUCUGGGUGGACCUGCUGGCCAUAGCGCCCUUCAUAUACCUGCUGGUCCUGAUCCGCAUGGACGACUCCGUGUCCAGCAACCAGACCGUGUCCAUCAUCUCACUCAUGCGCCUGGUGCGCCUGUUCCGAGUGGCCAGCAUCAUAUCGACGUUCUACACGCACUCUGUGGGCUCGGAGCUGCAGCCCAGCUGGCUGGCCGACAACGUGUCCAUCACCUCCGUCUACAUGGUGCUGCUGUGCUACGUGUGCGCGCUGUUCGUGAACCUGUACUCCUGCAUCCUGCUGCUCAUCAGCCACUACGAGUCGGCGGCGGGCCGCGCCUCCUGGAUGGACAGCAUUGCCUGGAUGUCGGUGGCAGCCAGCAGCGGCGCGCGGCAGUGGUGGAGCGCCGUGUACUUCGUGGUCACCAUUAUGACUACCACUGGGUAUGCCGACUUUGUGCCCAAGAGCCCCAUCGAGCAGGUCCUGACCAACGUGGUGAUGCUCAACGGCGUGCUGGUGUUCGGGGCGGUGGUGGCGCUCAUCGGCAACACCAUCAAGAGGUCGCAGGCGGAGGCGCAGCGCGUGUUUGACGCGCGCAAGCGGCUGAGUCACAUCCGGCAGUGGCUGGGCGAGGGCCACGUGCCCGAGGGCACACAGCGGGACGUGCUGGAGCGCGCCGAGGCGCCCGCCGGCCCCACCGGGCUGCUGGCGCCGUGCCUGCUGGGGGACGCGGCGCUGCUGGCAGAGCUGGUGCCGGCCUGCAGCACGCGCAUAUGGAGCCUGCGCACGGAGCGCCCCUGCCGGCUGUGGCAGCUGCGCGGCCCCGCCCUGCGCGCCGUGCAGCGCCUGUACCCCGCCACCAGCCGCCUGGCGCUGGCGCACGUGCGCACGAGGCUGCUGGGCUGGCUGGCGGGCAGCGCGGAGGAGGAGGAGGACGAUCUGGGCUGGUGCGAGGUGGUGCAGCUGCUGAAGCGCUCCUUCCUGAUGGGGCCGCUGCGGGAGCGCAUACACGACUGCUACCUGGCGCUGCAGCUGGCCGCUGUGGAGGACGGCAGCCUGGUUCGGCUGCUGGGCGCCUGGCUGGACGCCUCUGUCAGCCGCGAGCUGGCGGCGGGGCCGGACCAGCCCGAGCCCGAGGACCGCACCUCCCAGCGCUUCAGCCUGGAUGUGGCCCGAGCCACACGCGCCAUGGACCGCACCUCCCGCCUGCUGCCCGGCCUGGCCGCGCCGCCGCACGCCUCGCACGCGCCGCACCGCCGCACCCCCUCCGUAGGCGACAUGCCCACGCCCGCAGCCACGCCCAUGUCCGUACUCAGCCCGCCCACCUCCGGUGCCGUACCAACCGCCGCCGCCGCCGCCGUCGGUGACGCCGCCGGGGCGAUCUUCUCGCAGUACGGCGGAUCGCACUACAGUGCGCUGGCGUACGGUGGAUCCGGGUACGGCAGCGUUGACGGUGACGGCGGCGCCGUGAGCGUGACGGCGGACGGCGGCGGCGGCGGCGGCGCGGGGGCGUGGGUGGCGGUGGCGGCGGAGGGCGGGGAGCUGGCGGAGCCCAUGCCACGGUCGGCGGCCGCAGCCGCGUCGGCGGCGGCGGUUAGCGCCGCGUCGGCGGCGGCGGUUAUCGGCCGUACGUCUCCGUCGCUGCCGGCGGCGCGGCGGCUGGCGCACCAGAUGUCGGUGCGCGGGGUUGCGGGCGCGCCGCUGCGGCCGCUGCUGCCGCCUGUGAUUGAGCGGCACAGCGAGCUGCCUACGGACGGGUCGGCCUUCCCGCGCUCGUCGUCAGCAACAGGGCUGCAGCAGCUGCAGCAGCAGCCGCAGCUACAGCCGUCCGGCUCCGGCGAGCUGCUACAGCCGGCGCCGCCGCUGAGCCGCGCGGCGUCGGGGCGCUGGUCGGCGGCGGGGCUGGCGCCGGUGGGGGUGGCUGGGGCCGGGGCUGAGGCGGGCGGGGCGGCUGAGCCUCUGGAGGCGGCUAUCCCGCGCACGCUCACGCCCGGAGAGCAGGCCAUGAUGCAGCUGCGUGCGCCCGGCCGCGCCCGCUCCUCCCGCUUCCUGUCCGAGAGCGGCUCCGUGCCCUACUCCUUCUACCGCGUCGCCAGCUCACGCACCUCCGCCAACCCCUCCACCUCCGGCCACGGCCGGACCGCCGGCCUGGAAGCCAUGGCGGCGGCGGCGGCGGCGGCGGCAGGUGGAGGCGGCAGGGCAGGCACGGUCAGCGGGAGCCCCGGUGGCAGCCUGCGCGGCGGCAACGCGGCGGCGGCGGCACUGGCGGCGGCGGCGGCGGCCUCGGGCUCCAGUGCCCGCCUAGGCCGCCUCAGCUCCCUCAGCGGCCGGCCCGGCUUCGGCAACACGCCGCCGGUGCUGCUGCCGGGGCGUGCGUCUGCGCCCACGAGGACGGCGUCAGCGGCGAUGGCCGCCGCCCCGGCAGCCGCUGCUACGGCGGCUGCUGGUGCGGCGGCUCUGCCGCCGGAGCGGCGCUCACCGCCGCUGGUGCUGUCGGGCUCACUUACACGGACCACCCCAACCAAGGCGGCGGCGACGGCGGCGCCGGCGCCGGAGGCGGCAGCCAUGCCGCGGCGGGGGCCGCAGCAACGCGGCGACAUCGCGGAGGAGUUGGGCCUGUCGGAGCCGCCGGGGUUCGGCGUCGCAGGCGGCUACAACGCAAGCGAUUCCGUUGCAAGCGCCGCCGCCAACAGCACCAUCGUUCACAGUGGCGGUGGCGAUGGGGCGGCGUUCCGGGACGUGUCCGAUUUGAGUCGGCUGCUGUCAGGCAGCCUCAGUGUCGGCGGCGGCCGCGGGCACACCAACAGCACCGGCGGCGGCACGGACGGCGGCGGCUCGGGGCCGCUGACGCCGCCGCCGUCGCCGCCGCGGGAGCGGGACCUGGUCGACCCGAGGGCCGCGGGCGGCGGCGGCGGCGGCGGGAGGGCGGUGUCCGGCGAGCUACGGCGGCGCCGUGUGACGGACUCGGGCGGCGUGCCGGUCGCAAGCGGCGGCGACGCCGCCGCCGGGCCCCGGCGCUCACUUGAAAAGACGUCGCUGGCGUCACACCAGCAGCAGCAGCAGCAGCAGCAGCAGCAGCAGCAGCAGCAGCAGCAGCAGCGACACAGCGACAGCGGAGGCGUGGACACGGCCUGGGACGCUUUGCCGCGGCCGCCGCUGCUGCUCGCGCGCCGCGGCGCAGCCUCCGCAACGGGCCUGACGCUGUCGCAGCAGCCGCACCUGCCGCUGCCGCUGCCGCAACCACUGGGCGCGCAGCCUCAGGCGCACCUGCCAGGCGUGAGCAACAGCGGCGCAGCCGCCGCUGCCGCCGCCGCUGGCGGCCGCAGCCACCGCCGGAUGUCCUCCGGCGGCCACACUUCCUUCAUUAACAAGAUCUUCCUGGCCGCCGGCGUGCCACUGCCGCCAUCACCGCCGCCGGCGCAGCCGCCAGCGGCGGCUCCAGGCGGCGGCGCCGCCGCCGCUGCCACCGGCCUGGUCAUUGCCGGCCCCGCGUGCAGCACCUGCGGCGCCGCCACCUGCGCCUUCUGCCUGCGGCCCAUCCUGCCUGCCGGCGCGCUGGCGGCGAUGCAACCUGUGGAGCAGCUGGAGCCGGCGACCACAGCAACGUCGUCAGCGGCGCCAGGGCCCGCACUCAGCCGUGGCGCGCCUGCACCGCCGUCGGCGCCGACAGCCCCCGCCGGGGCCGAAGCGCCUGCUGGAGCAGCUGGUGCCGCCUCCAACGCCGCUGCUGCUGCUGCCGCCGGACCGAGCGGGAGCGCCGUCAGCUCGCUGGGCAUUAAGCUACUGGGUGAGCGGCCGCUGCCGCCCAUACCUGGGCUGACGGCGCCGCCCCGCGGCAACAGCAACCCGGCCUCCUUUGGAAUCGUCGCCUCUGGCAGCGGCGGCUUGACGUCGCAGGCAAGCGGCAGCGGGCAGCUCCGCGGCGUCGGCGGCGGCGGCAGCAGCGGCCCAUUGGGCUUCGCGCCGCCGCCGCCGCCGCCGGCGCCCGCGGCCCUGGCCCUGGCGCGCAUGCGUUCGCUGCAGCCGCAGCGCAGCGGCUUUGCAGGGAUGGGGCGGGGUGCUGCGGGGAGCGGCGGCGGCGGCGGCAGCGGUGCCGGAAGCGUGACGCUGACGCCCGCUGGCAGCAUGCGUGUGGCGUCGUCGACGUCGGGGACGGCGCCGCGGCUGACGCUGGCCAUUCCGCACGCCGGCAGCAGUGGGGGCGGUGGGGGCGGCCGGGAGCCGUCGCCGCAGCCGCUGACGCCGGGUGCUGCGCUGGCGGCAGCGGCGGCAGCUGUGUCGGACACACUGCCUACGACCGAUGCUGCAGCGGCGGCGGCAGGGGCGCCGGCGGGGAUGGCGCCAGGCGGCGGUGUGGACCGGCUUGGCAGCAAGCGCCUGGGCGGGACCAUGGACGUGAUCUAGUGAACUGUGUGAACGGGAAAGGCCCACAGGUACCUUGGAGGUUACCGUAGUAGCGUCAGGAAAGGCAUUGGUCCAGAUGCAGCAGGCAAUGUGCUGGAUAAACUUGCAGGACUGGGUCCUGCCGAGGGUGCGCGAGCGUGCGCUGUAUGAGGCGGGUCGACCAGGGGCGCGAAUCCAUUUUGGGGUGCAGACUAGAUCUACAAGGGGCAUCUGCCGGGGUGGAAACUGAAGCAGGACUGCGUUUACCCCCAGAGCAUGUGCAGGCAUUUCUGCGGGUUUGAAGUGCGUUGGCCAACAGAGCACGCGAAGGUGGAGAGCCAUGCCUGCAUGGGGUUGGUGGCUUGGUGCUGAAGCCGGAGUGCUGUGUCCAGGCAUUGCUGCGUGUUUGAACUGUGUUGGCUAGCAGAGCACGCGAUGGUGGGGCGACCGAGGUCCAAUCCUGCAUGGGGUUAGUGUGUCCGUUUCGCGG